AUGGACCGUCAUGUGGGUUGUUGGAAACUUGGAACCGUGGUCAAGCUCCUCACAACACAGACUAUGGUUGGGACCUUGGGCAACCUUUUUGAAAGCAUCGAAAAUCUUAACGAAACCUACUUCCAGCCCAGCGCAACCAAGCUGGAUCUCUUGAAUCCCAAGCCACCAACUGGUAAUUCUUCCGACGUCAAUCCUUUGUUUUUGCUCAACGACGUCUCCAACAGCGUAGCCAAAAAGUUUUUCGUGUGCCCUAAUUACACUGGGACUCAGUCUCACAUGUAUGUUAGCGAUGCUACUUGCCCCCGUUGCAACAACCGCAUGUCUAAGGAGAUGUCUUAUGUUACUCAGGAGGGGAUGAAGGAAGUGAAAUUAGAAGCAGGGGAGGGAGGAUUUGUGAAAGGAGUGGUGGCUUAUAUGGUGAUGGAUGAUUUGGUGGUGACCCCAAUGUCUACCAUUUCAGCGAUUAACCUUCUGAACAAAUGUCAUGUGAAGGAUGUGGGGGCACUUGUGGAAAGGGUUGUUCUUUUUGCCAUUGUGGAUUCGAUCAUGAUUUAA